AUGAAGGCUUUCACAAUGCCACAAGCACGAAAGCUGUCACAAUGCCACAAGUACGAAGGCUGUCACAAUGACAGAAGUACGAAGGUUGUCAUAAUGCCACAAGUGCGAAAGCUGUUGCAAUACCACAAGUACGAAGUCUGUCCCAAUGCCAUGAAUACGAAAGCGUCACAAUGCCACAAAUCCGAAGUCUGUCCCAAUGUCAUGAAUACGAAAGCGUCACAAUGCCACAAGUACGAAGGCUAUCAUAAUGCCACAAUCUUCUUCAUAUCAUUCUUAAUAUUCUUCCUGUCUUUCUUUCUUUCUUUCUUUUUUUCUUUCUUUCCUCAUUUGUUUAUUGAGUUAUUAAUUCCUUUUAAAUGUCUUUCUAUACUCUUUCGUUCUUUCUUUUCUUCUUACCUUAAACCAAAAUCUUUUCUUUCCUCCUUUCCUUGGCUGAAAUUUCUUUCUUUAGCUGAAAUUUCAUUCACUCAUUCUUUCUUUCUUUCGUUCUUUCUUUCUUUCUUUCUGUCUACCUCUCUGGCUCUUUGCUGUUUUUCUCCUUUCUCCUUCACAUCAUAUCUAUCUAUCUAUGUCUGUUUAUUAUCUAUCUAUCUAUCUAUCUAUCUAUCUAUCUAUCUCAUUCAUACGUCUCAUCGUAUUCAUAUUGUUCUUGCCUGUCUUGUCUGCCCUCUUUUUUAUCAUCACAUUUUACCCUCUUUCUCUUUUUAUUAUUCGUUCUUUUUUAUGUGA